AUGGAGAAAGAAGACGAGCUUGUGAGUCAACUCUUACGAUCUAGAAGCAUGGAGGUCGAAAGGUUAAAAUCUGAUCGACAGAGUUUGAUCCUUGUGGCUUCACUGCUUGAUCGUAUCCCUAAUCUUGCUGGUUUAGCCCGGACAUGCGAGAUAUUUAAAGCAUCAGGUCUUGUUGUCGCAGAUGCAAACGUAAUACACGACAAACAGUUCCAGCUAAUCAGUGUGACUGCUGAGAAAUGGGUUCCAAUCAUGGAAGUCCCGGUGAACAGUUUGAAACUGUUCUUGGAGAAAAAGAAACGAGAAGGCUUCUCAAUCUUGGGACUGGAACAGACAGCUAACAGCGUUUCGCUGGACAAAUAUCAAUUCCCAAAGAAGACGGUUUUGGUGCUUGGUCGGGAAAAGGAAGGCAUACCUGUGGACAUAAUCCAUGUACUGGACGCUUGUGUCGAGAUCCCACAACUUGGAGUCGUUAGGUCCCUCAACGUUCAUGUCAGUGGUGCUAUUGCCCUAUGGGAAUACACUCGGCAGCAACGCAUUCAAUAG